CUAGUUUCAGACUUAAGUAGAACCCAUUAUCUUGAUCUCGAUUUUGCGAGUCGAAGCAACAAUUAUGCCCAUCAUAAACCAAGUUUCCUUCAUCAGGUCUUCGCCACAGUCUCAGUCCCCCUUCCCUCGGAGUCCUACGUCAGCGUCGCGUGGUUCUACGAAGCGAAUUACUACAACGUUGACAACGCCACAUACUUUGAACCCUUACUAGGAGAUAUUGAAACAAUGUCAAGGAAUAGAAAAGAAAGAAGCAUCACCCAACAAAUCAGUAUUAUGACACGAAGAAGUAUUUACAACUUAAUAGAAUCUAUACUGAAGAAGCAAGGAUAUCCCGGGCGUCCUUGUUUACUUCGACUGAUCUGUGAGAACGCGCACGCGCAUUUCCUGCACAACGGAAUGAUGGGCGACCUGAUCUAUCUCAUACUUACGCCAUCAGCUUCCCAAGCAGAAGAUGACAUAGAAGAUAUCUACUAUGAAGCUGAGUACUACGGCCUAUCUGAACAAUGUGCAUGCUAUACUAAGAAAUGUCCUUCCAACCCAUUAGACCCCAUAUUUAUGUAUAUCGACAAUAGAAAAUAAAUAAUUUGAACAAUUUGCUGCGA